AUGCCAGAAGGUCCAUCCGUAAAGAGGUUCCAGUUACGCUGCUGCCCCUUUGUGGGUCAGGCGGUGACCAAAGUGGGAGGACGAACUAGGCAGAUGAACCCUGCUGAUCUGAAAUCGCUUACGCUGUGCGACACUCAGGUCAGGCUGGUCCUGCACUUUGACAGUGGGAGCUUCCUUGUGUUUUACAACUGCCGAAUUUACCAGUGCUCUUCUCCCAUUGCCGAGCCGGCUACUGACAUCUUGAGCCCCGCGUUCGAUCGGGAGCAAGCUUUGGAGGCCCUUUGCAAAGCCACCCCUGUGUGCCACACUCUCCUCGACCAGAGAUAUUUCUCAGGGCUGGGGAACAUCAUUAAAAAUGAAGUUCUGUAUCUGGCAAAGAUCCACCCGCUUUCGCUUGGAUCUCUCUUGCCACCUUCUGCCCUCAAAUCCUUGCUUGAUCAUGCCAUUCAGUUCAGCUCGGAGUGGCUCAACAGCAAGCUACAGGGACGUGGGUUACGCCCAAAGAUCUACGGGAAGGACCAGUGUCCCAUAGGGCAUGAGGUGACGAAAGGAUCCUUUGGACCCCUGGAUGGCUUGAAGAGACUUACCUGGUGGUGUCCUCAGUGCCAGCUUCAAGUGCUACCAGAAGAGAUUCAUGGCAACUGAGCUGCUGAG